AAUCGGAGUGUGUGAAUGUACAGUGAUGGGCAGCUCACCUUCUUCAGCGUGUUAUCUUCGUGUUUCAGCCUGUCUGCCUCUCUGUCGGGCCUUGUUGAAUAUCAGCAAGUCACUGAUUACUCCGUCAUCGACAACAGAAUCUACCAGGAGAAUAUACCCAAGGGAAAGCUGGUGACGGUGAAAGUACUGAGCACAGACGUGCAGUCUGGCCUAGUGGGGCUCUCGCUGCUCCCUGCAGAUACCAGGAACCCAGACAUGCUGCCAGAGUCGCUGGGCUUGUCGCGCAAGGAGCAGAAUGAAAAGGAGAGCGGGACCACCGAGCGCGGGAAACGCAAGCGGAGAGAUUCAGAGCGGGAGCAGCUGCCCUCCAAAAUAUUGAAGAGACAGAUGAAACAGAGUUUGGAGGGGACUGAUGGUGGGUUGGAUGUGUACUGUCGGGAUGAAGAGGAAGAGGAGAGUGACACUGAAUUUAAGAAGCCAAGUUCCGCUAAAGCCACGGUCGCCAGACCCCAGCUGCUUUGCUUGGACAAAGCUUGGCAGCGAGGCCAUGAACAAACUGUUGCGGGACUGGCACAUCCACAAGCCGCCCCUGAACGUGGCGCCCGGCCCGGUGGUCCCGUCCUGCAGUUGCCCGUCGCCAAGAUCAACAACGGCAGCCAGGUCCGUUGGGAGAAGGUGGUCUUCUGCAGCAAGGUCUGA